ACUAAAUAAAACGUCGGGAUGUGAUUCACACGUGAUCCUCGAUUCAUUUCAUCAAUAGCGGGCAGGUAAUGUUUGCCUACGUUAUUAUUCCUAUCUCAGGCUCGUAUCCAGCAACAGAUCCUACAAAGGAUUUCAUGGGCCCAAUUAUCUGGGGACAGUAGUGACUCUAUUAUCUUUUCUUUGUCAUAGUUGAAGCUGGAUGUUUCUGCAGUUGUUGCUUUUCAACAUUCGACUUAUUGUGUGUCCACUAGCCUUCGCCCGAUGUUUUAUAUUUCAUCAUGGCAUCGUGUUCUAGUUUUCAAGAUAUUCGAUCAAUAAAAACGGUCCUCGCCCUCUUCCUUCAGACGUGCUAUGUCUUGGGAACGAUUAAAUCUAUCGGGGUAUAUUUGCCAGCUCUGGAACAGAGUUUAGGCCUGACGUCAACAGAUACUGGGCUUGCUCUUGGCCUGUUCGACGCCUUUGCGUUCGGCCCAGGUCCGGUGGUAGCGUACCUUUACAAAAGGCUUCGUGGGGGCUACCGUAGGGGGUUCGUGAUGACUGGAUCCCUACUGGCAACGAGUGGCUUGCUUAUCGCUUCUUCUGUGACCAAUGGUGUAGAACUUGCUCUUUGUCUUUCGAUUGCAGGUCUUGGUUCAAAUAUAUUGUCAAUAUCGCUUGUAAUUGCCCUCAGCGACCAGUCCGGCGAUGCCUUCGGAAUUCUCUACGGAAUUGGCAAAUCAGGAUAUGCUUUUGGCAUGGCCCUUGUCCCUCUACUGGCUGACUACCUGAUGAGUAUCUACGGCUGGAGAGGAUCCUUGAUGAUUAUUGGAGGCAUCAUGGCACACCUGAUACCACUGACCUUGAUGGCCGAUUUUACAGAAAUAACAGUCCAAGAAGAGGGUAAUGAGAUUUCGUAUAGCGAUGGCCGAAAGACUGACAAUCAUUUUGAUACAACCGACAUACAUGUAGAACCAAACUGUGAUGAAUCUCUUGUUAGGUCUCAGUCGGCCAGCAACUGCUCCGACCCUUCACCACUGGAAGGUGUCAUUCAAAAUGAAAAUGUCAUCAUUCCCCUCGAGGAAGUCAAUGAAGAGACACGUGACAAUGCAUUUUUGAUACAGGAAUCAUCCACUUGCGAACGGCGCAAGAAAAUGUCUGUCAAACGCUGUCGCAUCAAGGGUCAGAUGAACUGUUCUGAGCUCUCUUCCGCCGUCCGCCGAAUAUGUGCUAACUCAAUCUACAAUCGAGAUCGGUGGAUGAUACUCCUCAUGUUCGUCACGAUGGUGUUCGCCAUGGUGGAUGGUGGUUGGCACGCGUUUCUAAUUCCACGUGCUGUCGAUCUAGGUGUUCCCACUUUUAACGCAUUGGCCCUGGCUUAUUCGGGAGCCGCUGCAGCUUUUAUAGGCCGCUGCUUUGGGGGAUUACUCUUAAACUCCAAACUCAUUUCAGGACAGUGCUGGUUUCUUGUCCUGACAUUUCUCAACGUGGCAUCACUGCUUCUGGAUAUUUUUGUCCCAAGGUUUGAGUUAAUGAUCGUGACCGCUUUUAUUACGUCACUCACGAUUGCCGAACGGAACAUUCUGGUGUUGGUCAUAUGCAAGGAAAGGGCUCCUCUGUCUGAGUUUCCGGUCAUACUUGCUUCUUCCGAGAUUGUAUUUGGGGUUGGCACUUUCCUCGGCGCCUUUUUCUCUGGUUACGUGGCAGAUAUAACCGAAACAUUCAACGCUUCGUUCAUGUUUAUCGCAGCUGUUGAUGCUUGCGUAUUCUUCCUUAUGGUCCCUCCUAUAGUUGUAAAGGGGUCGAGUGAUCGCGUUGUUACAUGAUUCAAAACAGAUAAAACAGAGCCAAAUUAUUAUAAUAUUACAGAUCACGGCAAUUUCUUGUCAUCAACUCCCAUCCCCAUAGACGCUGGU